CUGCGAUCCAGUCGUGCCUCUGCUGCAGUCUCUUUACCUUGGAAAAUUACCUGCCGUCGAAAACCUUGAGAUUGAAUCUCUGAUGUACGGCCAACGCCUGCCGAACCAGAAACGACGCCCGCUCUUGUGCGGGAAACAACCUGGAUGCGCCGGCAAAACCGCUUUGGUCAUAUAAUACCCGUGCGAGGAGCGAAAAGUCGUGAGAGCUCGAAAAAUCCCUUUUUUCCUCUCCCAUCUAUUUAGAAGAUGCGAGGAGAAUCGGAACAUGAGCGCGAACAAAGGAUCAAUGACCUCUGGGAGAUCCUUGAUGACCGCCGCAGGGGCCAGGUGGACCUGAAAGAUUUCAAGAGGGGCUUGAAGAAGAUGGACCAUCCCUUGAAAAAUGCAGAUUCCCUCCUGAAGGAUAUUAUAGAAGCUGUCGACACAAGCGGAGAUGGCCGAAUCCAGUUCAAUGAAUUUCGGGACUUCGUCGAACGUGCGGAGAGAGAGCUCUGGCAGCUCUUCGAAACAGUUGAUCGCGAUCAUGACGGCCAUGUGGACAAAGAAGAACUGCAAUCUGCAUUUGCGCGAGCUGGCUUGACAGUUCGUAAGUCUAAACUGGACCAGUUCUUCUCGGAGAUGGACACAAAUAACGAUGGGGUAAUCAGCUUUGAGGAAUGGAGGGACUUCCUUCUUUUUCUCCCGGCCAAUCCCACGCAUUUAUCUAAUAUGCGUGCAAUUCUUUCUUAUUAUUCUGCGACUGGAAAUUUGAACCCCGAGGGUGACGUCCACAUAAACGAACCUCUCCAGGGAUUAGGUCGCGAGUCCCACAUAGACAAUGUGUUUCGAUAUCAUCCCGAUGGCCCUGUCGUUCCCUCCGGUGAUGCUGAGCUUGAAUGGCUUCCUGUACCCUGGAAUGUAUCACUGUGGCUGUAUUUCCGGUAUCUUGAACACGUAUUGACGGAAAGCACGCCCCACUUAGGUUACUUCCUUGCGGGCGGAAUGGCUGGUGUUGUGUCAAGAACUUCGACGGCGCCGCUGGAUCGCCUGAGGGUCUAUCUGAUUGCGCAGACAAAGCCGCAAUCUGUUGCAGCCAGUGUUAAGUCUGGCGCUGCUGUUGAGGUAGCAGGGUGGAGGGCAUGGCCACUUGUCCACGCCCUGAAGGACCUGUGGCGUGCGGGUGGGAUACGAAGCUUAUUUGCCGGAAACGGUUUGAACGUUGCCAAAGUCAUGCCUGAGUCAGCUAUCAAAUUCGGAGCAUACGAAGCCUCCAGGCGCAUGUUCGCAGGAUUAGAAGGGCAUCACGAUCCAAAGCAGCUGCUCCCAGUUUCGCAGUUUCUGGCUGGUGGAAUUGGCGGCAUGGUUUCUCAAUGUUUCGUUUAUCCCUUAGAUACCUUGAAAUUCCGCAUGCAAUGCGAAACCGUGGAAGGUGGUCUUCGUGGUAACCGUCUCAUCAUUGCAACUGCCAGGAAGAUGUGGUCGACCAACGGUGUUUUCGCUUACUAUCGUGGUCUUCAACUGGGCCUCAUAGGAAUGUUCCCCUAUGCGGCCAUUGACCUUAUGACCUUCGAAUAUCUUAAAUCAACUCUGAUUAGUCGCAAAGCCCACCUUCUCCGUUGUCAUGAAGAAGACGCACCACUCAGCAACUUCACCACUGGUGCCAUAGGAGCAUUUAGCGGUGCUCUCAGUGCAUCAAUGGUCUACCCUUUAAACGUCCUUCGGACACGUCUACAGGCGCAAGGAACCACUCAACACAAGGCCACGUAUACGGGUAUCGUGGACGUAGCUCGAAAAACUUUCGAAAGCGAAGGAGUCCGUGGCCUUUAUAGAGGAUUAACGCCAAAUUUGCUGAAGGUGGUACCGUCGGUGUCGAUCAGCUACAUCGUAUACGAGAAUUCAAAGAGACUCCUUGGAUUGAGCUAAUCAGAGGAAUGACACCUGGCGCAUUCGUAUGGUACGAUUCUCGUUGCUUCCCGUGCUAAUGGAAAUUGGUAUUCUCCUUUUUUUCCCUCCCAUUGCAUGUGAUACACCCUAAUGCCAUCCAUUGUGGUUAUGAUACCCCAGCUGGAAAGCUGAAUCAUUAUUUCAAAGUUUCCAUGUAUCUCUAUAUCUUCUUGCCUUCUUGGUGCUGCAUUGCAUACUGCAUUUUGAGCGAUAUAUGUAUUUUGGUUUGAUGCUCUGUUCCCAUACCCGUGGGCACCCAUGAGUUCUACUUUUGGUGUCCCCAACAUCUGGAUGUUUACCUGCUGCAUUUAAUAUUGUGGUCAAGCGCCUGGCAUUGGCUCUCGCGUUUAUUUGAUUUAAAAUUUGAGCCCUCCUUAGAUAGGUAGCCAGAUCGUUGCAUAGCGACUCAAAAAUAUUUACAACCCUCAUUUGUUUAUUUAUAGUCUUGGUAGAGCUCUCUGGGGCACAGAGAACGGGAUUCUACACGUCAUUAACAGAUCCAGAGUUUCGGAUGAAACAAUAUGGAGAUUUUCUUAACAACUCCUUCUGUUCGGACUCAAAUCUUCUUCUGGACAGCUCCAACCUCCUCAUCCUUUCCCAGAAUAUCCGGCACCGGCCCCACCGGCGUAAUCGCAAACUGAUUGAUCUGCUUAUGACUCUUGGUAUAGUGUUUCCUGAUAUGCUCGAAGUCCGUCGUCUCACCGAACGCCGGAAUAUCCCAAUACAAGUGUCUUAGCCAGCGAUGGAUGGCCGGGUACCCGGAGCGAAUGUCUCGCACGUUGCAUUUGAAGUGCUGCACGUAAACCGGGUCGAAGCGGAUGAUUGUGGUAUACAGGCGUAUGUCGGCUUCGGUGACGGUAUUUCCGAAAAAGUAGAUGCUGGAUGGGUCUGAAGGAUCGUAUUUCGAAGCAAGGUGGGAUUCGAUGCGGUCGAGGGAGGAGAAGAGGGGCCAGAUGGCUGCUUCAUAGGC